CCACCGGCGACUGCUGCUGACAGGAACCCCUCUACAGAACAGCCUGAUGGAACUCUGGUCCCUCAUGCAUUUCCUCAUGCCCCACGUCUUCCAGUCCCACCGCGAGUUCAAAGAGUGGUUCUCCAACCCACUGACGGGAAUGAUCGAGGGCAGUCAGGAGUACAACGAAGGCCUGGUUAAGAGGCUUCACAAGGUGCUGAGGCCGUUCCUGCUCAGGAGGAUCAAGGCUGACGUGGAGAAGCAGAUGCCCAAGAAAUACGAGCAUGUGGUGCGCUGCCGCCUGUCCAAGAGACAGCGAUUCCUCUACGAUGACUUCAUGGCGCAGGCGUCGACCAGGGAAACGCUGGCCAGUGGUCACUUCAUGUCUGUGAUUAACAUCCUCAUGCAGCUUCGCAAAGUGUGCAAUCAUCCCAACCUUUUUGACCCUCGACCCAUCCAGUCUCCCUUCAUCAUGCAACCCAUUAUUUUCCACACAGCCUCUCUGGUGCAUGACGCCCUGGAGGUAUCUCCUUUGAAG